AUGGAAUCAGAGCCAGCAGGUGCAGUUGAAGUAAUGGAUACGGAAAUGUUAGUUGCCUCGAUACCUGAGCCAAGUUUGUUCGCCACGGCCCCCUCGACUGCUAGCGACGCCGCUCGCAUUGCCUGGGAGCACGCCAACGAGGUGAACGAGAUCUCGGACGAGUGCCUCAAAUAUAAUGCUGCGGUGCACCAAUCCAUCGUCAACGCCAAACCCUGGACCAACGAUCCGCACUACUUCAAAUCUGUCAAAAUUUCGGCCGUCGCUCUCCUCAAAAUGCUUAUUCAUGCUCAUUCUGGCGGCGUGUAUGAGAUAAUGGGAAUACUCAUCGGUAAGGUUGCCCACGAGACCAUGAUCGUCAUGGAUUCCUUUCCCCUGCCUGUACAGGGAACGGAGACUCGAGUUAACGCGCAGUCCGAAGCCUAUGAAUUCAUGGCCUUGUACACUGAGUUAGUCGCAAAGGCGGGACGUCGCGAGAAUGUACUUGGAUGGUACCACUCUCACCCCGGUUAUGGGUGCUGGCUCUCUGGCAUCGAUGUGUCCACUCAGCACACGAACCAAACCUACCAGGAACCUUUCGUUGCCAUUGUAAUUGAUCCAACUAGAACUGUCUCCUAUGGAAAGGUUAACCUCGGUGCUUUCCGUACAUACCCAGAAGGCUAUAAACCACCAGAUGAGGGACCGUCAGAAUACCAAUCUAUACCUAUGGACAAGAUUGAGGACUUUGGAGUUCAUUGUAAGCGUUACUACUCACUUGAAGUAAGCUACUUUAAAUCAUCUCUGGAGAAGAGCAUAAUUAACAUGCUGUGGAACAAAUACUGGGUAAAUGCCCUCAAUUCUGAUAGCACUGUUGCUCAAUUAAAUCACUUAACCGAUCUAACGAGAGAUCUUGCUGAUAAAGUCGAGAACGCUGCAAUUAAUGUUGAUCGAAUGAAUUCUGACAACGGAAGACUCCAGGAUAAACUGGCCAAAUGCAGCAAGGAUGCAUCCAAAAUUUCAUUGGAACAAGUUAAUGCAAUUAUUGGACACAUGAUCAAAGAUGACAUCUUCAAGGUUUAUUAA